AUGGCACAAUUGUUCAACAACUCAAGGUCUGACACGUUAUUCCUUGGAGGUGAGAAGGUGAGUGGCGAUGAUAUCAGGAACCAAAAUGUUCUUGCUGCUUUGGCUGUAGCUAAUGUAGUCAAGUCCUCUCUAGGUCCAGUUGGUUUGGAUAAAAUGUUAGUGGAUGAUAUUGGUGACUUUACUGUCACAAAUGAUGGUGCUACUAUCCUUUCUCUAUUAGAUGUUCAACACCCAGCUGGUAAGAUUCUAGUAGAAUUAGCUCAACAGCAAGAUAGAGAAAUUGGUGAUGGUACAACUAGUGUUGUGAUUAUUGCUUCUGAAUUAUUGAAAAAAGCUUACGAAUUGGUAAAGAAUAAAAUUCAUCCAACCACAAUUAUUACAGGUUACAGGCUCGCAUUGAAGGAAGCCAUUAGAUUUAUUAAUGAGGUAUUGUCUAUGAGUGUGGACUCUUUAGGUAAAGAAACUUUGAUCAACAUUGCAAAGACAAGUAUGUCCUCCAAGAUUAUCGGUGCAGACUCAGAAUUUUUCAGUAACAUGGUUGUUGACGCCUUAUUGGCUGUAAAGACCCAAAACCCAAAGGGUGAAACUAAGUACCCAGUAAAAGCAGUGAAUAUUCUAAAGGCGCAUGGUAAGUCUUCUACCGAAUCUGUUCUAGUCAAUGGUUACGCUUUGAACUGUACAGUUGCAUCUCAAGCUAUGCCAAAACAAAUUGGUGGUGGCAAUGUCAAAAUUGCUUGUUUGGAUCUAAAUCUGCAAAAGGCUCGUAUGGCAAUGGGUGUACAGAUCAACAUUGAAGAUCCUGAGCAAUUAGAAGAAAUUCGUAAACGUGAAGCCGGUAUAGUUUUAGAAAGGGUAAAGAAGAUUAUAGAUGCUGGUGCCCAAGUUGUAUUGACUACUAAAGGUAUUGAUGACUUGUGUUUGAAAGAAUUUGUUGAGGCCAAGAUUAUGGGUGUCAGACGUUGUAAGAAAGAAGAUUUAAGAAGAAUUGCGCGUGCCACUGGUGCCACCCUGAUCAGCUCCAUGUCUAACCUGGAAGGUGAUGAAACAUUCGAAUCAUCAUACUUGGGUACAUGUCAAGAGGUUGUUCAAACAAGAUACUCAGAUGAUGAGUGUAUUCUAAUCAAGGGUACAAGUAAGCAUUCUUCUUCCUCGAUUAUUGUGAGAGGUCCAAGUGAUUAUUCGUUAGAUGAAAUCGAGCGUUCUCUACAUGAUUCCUUAUCUGUAGUGAAAAGGACCCUUGAAAGUGGGCAUGUUGUUCCAGGUGGUGGUUGUGUCGAAACAGCUCUAAAUAUCUACUUGGAUAAUUUUGCUACAACUGUUGGUUCAAGAGAGCAAUUAGCUAUUGCUGGAUUUGCAUCUGCUCUUUUAGUUAUUCCAAAGACUCUAGCUGUUAACGCCGCCAAGGAUUCUAGUGAACUGAUUACAAAGUUGAGAUCAUAUCACGCUGCUAGUCAGUUGGCUCAACCAGAUGAUCAAAAGAAGAGAAACUACAGAAACUAUGGUUUGGACUUGGUGAGGGGCAAGAUUGUAAAUGAAGUAACCGCUGGUGUUCUCGAGCCAACGAUAAGUAAGGUUAAAUCCCUAAAAUCUGCGCUUGAGGCAUGUGUGGCCAUAUUGAGAAUUGAUACAAUGAUUACAGUUGAUCCAGAGCCACCAAAGGAAGACCCACACGCACACUAA